AUGGUCAAGCGGAAAGAAGUCGAAGAUGUCACCAUGGGUGGCACCAAGCCAGACGAUGAGUCGUCCGACGAGGAUAUGGACAUGGUCAACGUCGACUUCGAAUGGUUUGACCCGCAGCCUAUCGAUUUCCACGGCCUGAAGAACCUCCUCCGCCAACUCUUCGACAAUGACGCUCAAAUCUUCGACAUGUCCGCGCUGGCCGAUCUGAUUCUCUCCCAACCGACGCUGGGAUCAACAGUAAAGGUCGACGGACACGAAUCGGAUCCCUACGCAUUCUUGUCAAUCGUCAACCUACAGGAACACAAGGACAAACCCGUUAUCAAGGACCUGAUCGAAUACCUCAAAACCAAAACCUCUUCCAACGAGUCCCUUUCUGCUGCCGCCCAGCUUCUUACGCAAACCCCCAUCCCUCCCAUUGGUCUCAUUCUGACUGAGCGGUUGAUCAAUAUGCCGUCCGAGAUUGUCCCUCCUAUGUACAACAUGCUUCAGGAAGAGAUCGCCUGGGCUAUCGAGGACAAGGAGCCCUAUACCUUCUCGCACUACUUGGUCAUUUCUAAAAACUACGAGGAAAUUGAGUCGAAGCUCGAUCAGGAAGAGUCACGGCCCCAGAAGAAGAAGAAGAAGGGUGGUGAUAAGGCUGAGCGUUUCUUCUUCCACCCCGAAGAUGAAGUGGUGGAGCGCCAUGCGGUGUGCACUGGUUCUUAUGAGUACACACACAAGUCCGAUGAUGGUCACUCAGACUCGAAGCGCGCAUUCCAGGAACUGGGUAUCCGGACGAAAGGUAGCUUGAUCUUGAUUGAGGCUGCUAAGUUUGAGCCUAUGGUCAAGGCUCUCACGGAAUAUAUGUCGUAA